AUGGCGGAUCAACAAUCUACAAGAUUGACACAAAAACAAAGAGGUGGAAAAGUCUUUGAGCCCCGAAGCCUCAUGUUCAUACCUGAUUACCGCCAGGAACUCCGGGACUGGCUGGCCAUCGCUCCCCGAAAAGAUUUCGAUCGCUACCCUGCACGAAGUCGUCGAAAUUCCGCAAAGAAUCCGUGGAGAGUGGUGGCCGCCACAUACUACGAGACUGGCUGGUCAUCGCCCCCAGAAAAGAAUCUGGUUAUCGCUUGCAUGAACUGGUCAGGUAUUGAGAAGAGUCCAUGGAGAGUGAGAACCGCCAUGUCUCAGGAAAUUGGCUGGUCAUCGCGCCCCGACAAGAAUGCGAUGAUCACUUGGAUGAAGUGGAGGAAACCGGUGGACACCUGCGCGAAGUGGUUGGGGUCCUGCAGAGAAUCUAUGGAGAGCGAGGUCCGCCAGGUCAAACGAGACUGGCUGGUCAUCGCGCCUUGGAAGGAAUCCGGUGGGCACCUGCGCGAAGUGAUUGGGGUCCCGCAGAGAAUCUAUGGAGAGUGA